AUGGUAAAUUUUACAAACAAAAAAACGAGUUUACCUAUGGAUAGCACAUCAUCAUCCAUAUUAGCUGACACAUAUAUAAAUGAAUAUCAAAAACGUCAUUUAGAUGAAGUCAAUAUUCCAAAUAAAAUUGAGAAAUAUGUUGAUGAUAUUUUAUUUAUUACAAAAGUGAAUGAACAUGUAUUAAAUAAUUAUGUAAAUGAGUUAAAUAAAAUACCUGGUACAGUUAAAUUCACCUCAGAAUUCGAAUAG